UUUAGUUUCUUGUAAUCUGAUUUGAAAGUGUGGUGAUUUUUAUUCUAAAUGUCCUUUUUUGAACACGUGUUUUACGUCUUUUCCUUGCAGUUACAUGUACCUCUGCCAGAUCCAUGAACACCUUCAUUGCACAUAAAGGGAUGGGAAGACACAAAGGUGCUGGAGCUCCACUCAUUCAUCAGACUGUGGUUCUUUUCAUGGGUGAAUGACUUCUGGCUGACAGAUCCAUUGAUGUCUUCCACGGUAAUGAUGACCAAGGAUCGCUUUAAUGCCCUGACCUCCGCGCUGCACUUUGCCAACAACGAGGGGGAGCACGAAGUGCAGAAUCGAUUGUGGAAGCUAUGCCCUGUGCUGGAUGUUCUGGACACGAUGUACCAGACCGUGUUCGUCCCGAACAAGACCGUGACCAUCGACAAGACCUUGUGGGCAUUCAAGGGUCAACCCGAGCAAGCGAGCAAGGUGGGGCAUGAAGGUCUACAAGAUUUACAGAGUGCAAGAUCACAGGGUAUUCCCUGCCAGCAUGAAGGCCAUUGUUGACCUGAUGGAGAAGGUGGAGCUUCCUGACAAGGGAUACAAGUUGCACACGGACAACUGGUAUUCCUCCCUGGCUCUCUUCCAGUACUUGCAGACUUGGAAGACCAACGCCGUUAGUACAGUUUGUACCAACAGGAAGGGCAUGCCCUUGGACCUGCGAGCGAGCCAGGAACAUCUCUACUUCCGGAGCAUCAACACAGGAAAGCUCUGCCUUCAGUGGGUAGUCAAGUAUCCUGUCAUGAUGCUGUUGACCGCCCACACCAGCAAUGUCAUUACCCUGCCUCGCAACCACAAGGGGGAGAAGUGAUUGAAGCCCGAGGUUACUGUCUUGUACAACAACGGCAUGAAGGGCGUCAACCUCUUUGAUCAGCUGGUGGGACUAUCGAGUACCAUCAAGUGGUACAAGAUGAUGCAGGCGGAAUUCGAGGAAUUGGUGCAAGGAAUGUUACAGUGAGGAGGAACCCUGGUAGGUGCACAUACCAGUGGACACACCUUUCUGCCUGUGGCGGCGAUGUGUACUCUGGUGGAAGAAUCACCAUCGUAGGAUACCAGAUGAUGUGCAGCAGCUGCAGCAUUUCCCUGUGCUCCGCACCCCGUUUCCAGGCCUUUCACACUUAGGAAACAGCAGUGGGGACUUAAAAAUAAAUAUAUAAAUAAAGUAAAAAAAAAAAAUAAAUAAAUAAAGUAAAAAAAAAUAAAUAAAUAAAUAAAAAAUUAAUGCUGUAUGCUGUGUUUCUGUUCUCUUUCCAAGACACACACUACUGACUUUGCACACUAAGACGGUUCAAACACUUUUAAAAUGUAUAUACUAAAAUAUAAGAGAAUAUCAUAGUACAUAUCAUAAGGCUACAAUAAGCCUGCAAACUUACACGUUUCUAAAGCAGUGGAAUCUUAUGAAAAUAAACAAAUAAAUAAAAUAAAAAAUAAUGCUGCACUGCUGUGUUUCUGUUCUCUUUCCAAGACACACACUGACUUUGCACACUAAGAUAAUUCAAA